UCCAAGUUAGGUUCGAGUAUACAUAAUAUGGUUUCUUUAACAUUACUAACAAUGCUUACUUCUCUUUUUCCUCUCCCCUCAUUUGCUAUAGUAUACUACCAUGUCCACCCCACAUGUACCGAAAAGCCAGCUAUGACUGAAGCUAUCAAGGAAGCAAUACACAUGGCAAGGCGAGUUUACGAUCGCAUGUGGGCCAACGAUGCCGACAUUCAAAAACUCCUAUCCCGUAUCUUUAAAAUUGAACACAAGUCAGGAGCUGCGUGGAACGAAGUUUUAAGUGUUAUGGGCGGCAUUGGUUCCGCACAGCCCAAAGACGUAAGAGAGGCCAACACGCAUAUUUAUUGUGACGGAGAUCAACGCUGGCAAUUUCUUGAGAAUGAAUGGUUUGAUAUGUCACCCGAGACCAGUAUCAUGCUCUACGGAUCUCGUGUACCCCAAUUCUGGAUGAAGAAUACGCCGAGAUGCAGACCAGAAUACAGAGGAGACAACUAUGCUGUCACGUACAUCUCUCAAGGACAAAUAGGGCCACUGACUCACCCUAAGGAUAAUUCCAUAACUAUAUGCGCGCCUUAUUGUGAUGCAGAAUAUACGACGAUCGAGAAGUCGGUAAACGAUCUUUGGUUAGAUACGCCGCUUUCAGACACGACGAAGAAUUCGACUAGGACGAAGAAACUCCUUGGGCCGAAUGGACUUGCCAGCAUAACACUACUACAUGAGUUUACACAUCUUGUAGAUUUUGAUAAAAUCGAUCAUGUUCCUGCAUACCAUUGGAAUAAUGUUAUAGAGAAGUCAGCGGAGAACGCGUUGAUAAAUGCAGAUAACUAUGCCUAUCUUGGCCUGCUGGUACUCUUAGGAGACUAUAGGAUCAAGCUUGAUGAUGAUGAAACGAGAUCCUAUGCAGGCUACCUAGUCAAAACCGAGGAAACAUACGUGAAACAUAAUUCUAAGGAGUGGCCAUUAGGCAACAGUACCUCCAAGUAGUCCUUAAGAUUGUAGAUAAAAAGUAGGUACUUUAUUUAAUUAGCUAUGGGAGUGGUUAGAGUCAUCAUAUUCGGUGUGGUUUACGCGAGCGAUCGGGGUCUACUUGGA